AUGGCUGUGAAACUUUUUCUUCAGAUUUUGAAAGCUGAAUCUAUAUUCAGGAAGUAUCCAUUGUGUAUUACAAUGAGUGAUAUUGUAAUUGAUAGUGAUGGUUUUAACACAGAUAAUAUAAUGAUUAAGUGUUAUGAUUUUGUUGAGCCGUCUGAUCUUGCACUUGGUGUAAUUCGUAACGUUGAAUCUCCGAUAAUUGUUAAUGUGGAUGGUGAAGAACUGAUAAGUGAUUGCUAUAAUAGUGUUGUUAAUGUGAAGAAAAAUUAUAUAAACAAAGAUACACUGGUCUCGGUAAUGCGUAACUAUUUAAUCAAGCAUAGGUUCAAUUGCAGAACUACGAGAUCUGACAAGCAGAGUUAUGUCCUACUGUGCAAAUCAUCGGAAUGUAGUUGGGCAUUCAAGGCAUCCUGUAAGCAUGGUACUGAUACAUUUAUAGUGCGUACCUUCAACGAUGAACACACUUGCUCAAUAAUGGACAUAGUGUUAGAGCAACAACAUGCAACCAUUGCCUUUAUAGCUGGAAUAACAGCUCCAAAGUUAGUUAACUACAAAAAAAUAAUCACCCCAAGCGACAUUAUUGAAGAUAUAAAAAGGGAACUUGGUUUGGACAUAGAUUACAUGAAGGCGUGGCGUGGUAAAGAAUGUGCUUUAAAAAUUUUGAGAGGCAGACCAGCUGAUGGAUAUAAGAAAAUGCCUACCUACGUAUACAUAUUUAAUUCGAUUUAUACCAAUUCACAUAUAAGGAUGCAUAAGUCUCCUGAUAAUCAGUUCAUGUAUCUAUUCAUAGCACUACAGCCUUUAAUUAAGGGAUUUGGGUAUUGUAGUCCUGUUGUGGUAGUAGACGGACAUAUAUUGCUGCUUGCGUAUGGGGUUGUAGAUUCUGAGAAUGAUUUAUCUUGGAUGUGGUUUUUCCAGCAAUUCAAGUGUGCUUUCGGUGAGCGCGAUAAUGUGUGCGUAGUCUCUGAUAGACAUGAAAGCAUAAUCAAGGAGAUUAGGGAAUCAACUAACUACAUAUACGGUGUGUAUGAAGAAGGAAGAAAAUACAUUGUUCGGUUGGAUAUUAGAACUUACAACUGUGGUAGAUUUCAACUUGAUGAGAUACCAUGCAGGCACGUUAUUGCUGUUUUGAAAAGAAAACAUGUAAAGAAAAUAAAGCCCUACUGCUCAGAUUACUACAAGAAGGAGGCAUUGGUGAAGACUUAUGAAAUGUUGCUCUGUCCAAUUCCUGAUAAAUGA